AUGCCCCCCACAAAACAAGAACUCUCCCUCCUCAUCAACCCCCUCGUGCCGGAAUCAGUGCAGCACAACAACCGGACCCUCUCAACCCUCCACUCCCUAACCUCCUUCCUCCUCGGCCUCACAGCCGGGAUCCUCGCCCUCCAAUCAGCCACCGGCUUCAUCUUCUACCUCCUCGGCACGGUCUUCGUCUCCGCCUGCUUCCACUUCAUCCUCGUUAGUGGCUCGCCUGCUGGUGCGGGCGGGUUCUUCCCCGGGCCGAAUGGGGGCGAGAUUGAGGGGUUGGACGAGAGGGGUGUUAUCCGUGGUGGUGGUAAGGCCGGGGUGGUGACUAGGAAGGGAGCGUGGCGCGAUGUGUGGUUUGGGGGGGGUGUGCUGGGCGAGGCGCUUUCGGGAUUUGUGUUGGGGUGGGCGGGUGUUGGGGGGGUUUUGAGGUAG